AUGGCAAGGGCUGAUGAAGACGGCAGAGACGCGGCAGCACCGUUGCUAGACGGCCCAUCCCACGCCGAUGAGGAAGGUAAUACAUAUGAAACGCAGGAUAUUACACUUAAGGGCUCUGGAACGUGGUUCAUCUGGGCUCUGACACUCUCGGCUGGUAUAAGCGGCUUCCUAUUCGGAUACGAUACCGGGGUCAUCUCGUCAACUUUGGUAUCAAUUGGAACAGACCUCUCUCACCGCGAGUUGACGAUUCUGGACAGAAGUCUGAUCACGUCUUCGACCAGCUUGUUUGCACUCAUAGUUAGUCCGCUGGCAGGCAUCUUGGGAGACAGAGUUGGUCGCAAGCCCGCAAUCGUUAUCGCGGAUGUGCUGUUUAUAGUCGGCGCGUUAUGGCAAGGCGUUACGUCUACGGUCUGGGGGAUGAUUGCUGGAAGGAGUCUGGUCGGGCUGGCUAUCGGGAUGGCUAGUCUGAUCACACCACUGUAUAUAUCUGAACUCUCCCCUUCCCACCUGCGCGGUAGGAUGGUGACGAUACUAAGUCUGCUCGUCACCGGGGGACAGGUCAUCGCCUACCUUGUUGGGUGGCUUCUGUCCGCCCAACCUGGCGGCUGGAGAUGGAUGGUCGGUCUUGGAUCUUCUCCAGCUGUCAUCCAGUUAUUUAUACUUGUCUUCCUCCCCGAAACUCCAAGGUGGCUCGUCCGAGCAAACCGAGCCAGUGAAGCUCGGCAGAUUAUGCGAAGAGUAUAUGGCGAUACAAAGACGAGUAACCAGAUCGUCGAGCAUAUCCUACGAGAUAUUGAACUAGAAGUUAUCCAGGCGUCAAGCGAGCUAGACUCGCAGUCCGGGGUCCCGGCCACGAACUCGUCUCUCCCAAUGCAAUGGCGAUGGUUCCAGAAGAUCCAAAGAACAUACACCGAUCUCUUCUCGAUCGGUUGCCACCGCCGUGCGCUCGUAAUAGCAUGCAUGCUACAAGCACUACAGCAACUCUGCGGUUUCAAUUCACUAAUGUAUUUCGCCGCAACGAUAUUUAAAUCCCUCUCCUUCUCCUCGCCGACACUCACCUCUCUCUCUGUCGCGGGGGCGAACUUCAUAUUUACAUUCCUAGCCUUUUCACUGAUCGACCGCAUUGGUCGGCGUCGAAUACUCCUCUACUCUAUCCCAGUCAUGGUGGCUUCGCUGGUUCUUUGCGCAAUGGCGUUCCCUUCAACUUCCCUUGACGACGCGGGCAUCACCGGCCCUGAAAAGGCAGCCAACGCACGGGCAAUAGUUAUUCUCCUUUGCCUCACUACGUAUACUGCCUCUUAUGCCUCUGGGUUGGGUAAUGUGCCCUGGCAACAAUCUGAGUUGUUCCCGCUUAGCGUGCGCAGUCUCGGCUCGGCGCUGGCAACAGGUACGAACUGGGGGUCCAAUUUUAUUAUUGGAUUGACGUUUCUGCCCAUGAUGCGGUGGAUGGGGCCUGGGUGGACGUUUUGUAUAUAUGCUAUAGUCUGCGGUGUUGGGUGGGUGGGUGUUUGGGGAAUUUAUCCUGAGAUGACGGGUCUAGGGCUGGAGGAAGUUAGGGGAUUAUUAGAUCAGGGAUGGGGAGUGGAAGAGAGUUGGCGGAUCUUUGUAGAGAGGAAGCGUUCUACAUAG